GUACACGAGGAUCCCGCUGAGGACGGGAUAGCUAUGUAUCUGCCAGGACCUGCAGCAGCCUCGGCCGGGGCCGCGCUUGCGGCAGCGAUACCGAGACUCCUGCGCAUGUGUCGGAGUGCUGCCGCGGUGCGGUGCCGCAUGGCCGCGGGAAGUUGUCUGGUACCUCUGGAGUAAGAAGGCCGCUGGCUUGCAUCGGCCUCCGCGAUCAUGGGGAAGCUGGACGUGGUGAUGCUUCGGUACCUCUCCCGGGAUCACUUCAGAGUCUUGACAGCGGUGGAAAUGGGCAUGAAGAACCAUGAAAUAGUUCCUGCUAGCUUAACUGCCUCCAUUGCCAGCCUUAAACACGGUGGCUGUAAUAAGAUUUUGAGAGAGCUGGUGAAGCACAGGCUUCUAGCUUACGAACGAACUAAAACUGUCCAGGGUUAUCGAUUAACUAAUGCAGGAUAUGAUUACCUUGCUUUGAAAACUCUGUCUUCCCGACAAGUCAUAAAUUCUGUUGGAAACCAGAUGGGUGUUGGCAAAGAAUCAGAUAUUUACAUUGUUGCAAAUGAAGAGGAGCAACAGUUUGCACUGAAAUUACACAGGCUUGGAAGAACUUCCUUUCGCAGUCUGAAAAAUAAACGUGACUACCACAAGCACAGACAUAAAAUGUCAUGGCUGUAUUUAUCCCGGCUAGCAGCAAUGAAGGAGUUUGCCUAUAUGAAGGCUUUGCAUGACAGAGAUUUUCCUGUCCCCAAACCUGUAGACUUCAACAGGCACGCGGUUGUUAUGGAACUUAUUGAUGGCUAUCCUUUGUGCCAGGUGCACCAGCUGGAAGAUCCUGCAUCUGUCUACAGUGAAUUGAUGGAUCUGAUUGUAAAACUUGCCAGCCACGGCCUGAUCCAUGGUGACUUCAAUGAAUUUAAUCUGAUACUGGAUAAUGAAGACCGUGUCACCAUGAUUGAUUUCCCUCAGAUGAUAUCAACAUCACACGCAAAUGCCGAAUGGUAUUUUGACAGAGAUGUGAACUGCAUUAAAGAGUUCUUUAAGAAGCGCUUCAGCUAUGAGAGUGAGCUCUUCCCAACAUUCAAAGACAUCAGGAGAGAAUGUUCUCUUGACAGAGAGAUUGCUGCCAGUGGCUGUGCAAAAGAAAUGGAGGAAGAUGCUGAAUUGCUUUACCCACCAGGUUCUGUUGAGGAUGAUGGUACAGCAGAGGUAUCAGAAUUUGUUGAAGAUGCUGAGAUUAAGCUUGUCUCCUUCAGCAAAGAGAAGGAAAACAAUACAGACUUUGUGGAUGAAGCAGGUGAUUUGUCUGAAAGCAGAACCUUUACCAGCUUCGUGUGUAGCGAUGAAGAAGCCACUUCAAGUGAAAGCAGUGAAAACACAGAGAGGCUGGAUAUGUCAAAGCUGAGUUCAGCCUUAGACAAAGCUGAAGAGGAAGCUGUAGUUCAGAAGUCCAGUGAAGAUACAGAGAGUUCUACAGUUUUUAAGGGCAAAAACAUAACUGAAAAUGCUGCUGAAACCAAAAAUCAAACAGGUCAAGGAGAGUGCUGUAACAAGGAGGAUGAAGACAAAUGCCCUGAUCUGAUUGGCUUGUCAACUUUAAAUGAGGAAUUCAGUCAUUGCAGAAAUGAAGAUGGUAUCGUUCAUACUGCGGAGCACAGAACAAGGACUAAAAGUGUCACAUCAGUCAGAAGUGCUGGGAGCUGCUCAACCAUUCCAGCGGAACUGGUGAAACGGAAGGUGAGACUUCAGCUUACCAAACAUCAGAAGUCUGCUCUGAGGAGACGUCUGCAAAAAGGAGAGGCAAAUGUUUACACCAAACAACGUCGAGAAAAUAUGCACAACAUCAAGUCAAGCUUGGAUGCAGCUAGUUUCUGGGGAUAGUGUGUUAAACCUCCUCCCACAGAACAUGAGGAAACUCAUCAUGUGUGUGUGCCUCAAAGAGUUAUGCUAAUAACCAGUAACACUUUUACAUAAUGGAGAAAUCUCUUUCUAUGCAACCAACUAUUUUUCUGGAAGUCUGUAAACCAAGUUCUGGUUCCCCUGACUUCGAGAGGGGGAUUUUGUUUUGUGUUUCUGGUGAAAACUGUUGACUGUAAUUUAAAUUCUAUCAGUAGAACUGGCUUAAGGUAGUUUAGUUCUGGUAAUUUCCGACAGUAAAUCAGCUGUAGUGUGUUUAAAGAGAGGGAAAAGGGAAGUCUUUCAAACCAAAGUUUGCAAUGACAUGAAAUUUGAAUCUGAAAUGUUGCCCUGUUAUGAGCAGGUUAAUUAAAAAUCACAAAUGUAAACCUCUUA